AGGAGUGUGAGCGACCAUGCUUGGGCUGCCGGCUCUGCUCAGCGUGUUGGCGACGCUCCUUCUCGUGCUCUCCGCUUCCUGCGCCGCCGCCCGCGACGGACCUGCUGACGCCCACGCCCACGCCCACGCCCACGCCCACGCCCACUCCGCCGCCGCCGCCGCCGCGGAGAUCAAGGAAGUGGAGGCGAACCUGCUGGCGCUGUUCGGGCUGAAGAGGAGGCCGCGGCCCAACCGCAGCAAAGUGGUGGUGCCCGAAGCGAUGAUGGAGCUGUAUCGCCGCCAGGCGGGCCACCCCGACGCGCCGGCCCUGUCGCUGCCCGGCAAGCUCACGCGCUCCGCCAACACGGUGCGCAGCUUCACACAUGUCGGGUUACCUACACGGCAUGUACACAUCGCCGUUGUUGGCAGCCAAGGCUUCAACGCCGUUGUUCUCGUAGAGAGCGGGCAGGAGCGGCGGCAGUAA